UCAUUAAUAUAUCAGAAAAAGAAACUAUUUAAAAUUACAUAAUACUAUUAAAUACAAAAGAAAACAUUUAUUAAAGAUUUUUACAUUUAUAUAAUGUAAAAAAUAACCAACAGAACACACAAGAAAGCCAAAAUAGAAAAAUAAGUUAAGCCCCCCGUCAGAAAUAGAGAUAAGAAAACACUCAAUUUAUUAGAUUACUUUGGGUCUACUAUACUAUCAAUAUGUUGUCUUAUAUCAAACGUAAAUUAUCAGAAUCGGACUCUACAACUAACUCAAACGCCGAUGCCCAGUUAGUGCGUAAAACUUCACAAAUGUCUUUGGGUGCGGGUGUGAACGGCGAUUGUGAUGAUGCCAUUGCAAUUGGUGAGGACGCCUUAUUGCAUGAGUUGGGCUAUAAGAAUGCCAACGAUUUACAAGAGACUGUUUAUGACUGUUUAAGAACCAUUAGAGAUCCUGAAAAACCAGCUACUUUGGAGGAUUUAAAUGUUAUAUAUGAAGAUGGUAUAUUUGUAAUGACACCAACAAAGUCAAAUGUUUCAGUGGUUCGCAUUGAAUUUAAUCCUACGGUGCCUCAUUGUUCCUUAGCGACCUUGAUUGGCCUGUGUAUACGCGUUAAAGUUGAAAGAAGUCUGCCUCACAACAUCAAAUUAGAUAUUUUCAUUAAAAAGGGCACUCACAAUACGGAAGAAGAAAUCAACAAACAGAUUAAUGAUAAAGAAAGAAUAGCUGCUGCUAUGGAAAAUCCUAAUCUCAGAGAUCUGGUUGAAAAUUGUAUUAAAGAAGAAGAGUAAUAUAAUCGAAUCGAAUCUUAUUUUGUAUACAUCAUAUAUAUUAGUAUUUAAGUUUAUUAAACAAUGGAAAAAGUGUUAAGACUCGGAAAUAAAUUUUGUAUGUAAAGGUUUUUGUUUACUGUUACAAUAAAUAAUAUACAUAAUUGAUAUUAAAAUACUUAAACAAUUAAAA